AUGUCGCAGUUCUACGCAUGUGUGUAUUGGCCGUGGGAUGUCAUGAUGAUGCUCUUCAACGAGCUUUACACCAUGCUGGUGCCUCUCUUUGUCCCUGACCGGCACUGGGUUGUCAGCACGAUGCUCUGGGCCCUCAAGUACAAGACCCAGAACUGGUGGCACGUGCGGGCCAAGAAUGUCAGGGCCUCUCUGCCCUCGGCCGCGUCGGCCUUUCCGCUGGCCUACGAGCCGUGGAUCGGGGACGAGCCCUACGGUGGCCUGGAGCAGGCUAUGUAUUGGUACUCCCUCACGGACUUCGAGCAGUUCCCGCAUCUGGGGCACUUCCGCAGCGUGCCGGAGCUCCUGGAGCAGCUGCGGAGCCUCCGGCCGGAGGAGGUGAAAGCGGGCAUGCGCAGCUUCAACGAGGCGACUUUGCGGAGCUCCUUGGAUUUCUAUCGCUGGGCAGCUGCAUCUCUGCUGAGCGGAUCUGUUCUGCCUCGGCUUUGA